UCGGAGUAACGUUAGCCGUCAAGUAGCGAGAGUCGACGUUCGAGUGGACGCGCGGGCGACGGGCCAUAAAAGGGAGAUCGCGAGAGUGCCGGGUGCACAGUCGCGCACCGUCUAUCCGCCGGUACGGUACGCGCGGCAACGUAUUUGGUUCUCCGGUACAACUUGGCACGAGAAGCAACAGUUAUGCCCUCGAGAAUUGUUGCACCGCUGGCCGUCGACCUGCUGCACUGUUGAACUGUCGUCGCGCGUCUACGUGCGUACGUAUGGCGUAUGGCUUACCCUAUGGCAUGGCAUCGCGGAACAUCGCGGAACUGUGCAUCCUUGUCGCCGCCUUCCUCCACGUCAGUCUCGGUCAAACGCAGUCCAAGUCCGAGAUCCUGCCCGAAUUUCUGGCACUCCUGGAAAACCACACGGUCACUCAAGGUCGCGACGUCUCCUUCACCUGCGUCGUUAAUCAUCUUCAGUCUUACAAGGUCGCCUGGAUAAAGUCGGACUCGCGUGCGAUUUUGGCCAUUCAGACGCACAUGGUAGCGCACAACCAGCGUCUGUCCGUCACUCACAACGGCCAUAACACAUGGAAGCUGCACGUGACUAACGUUCAGCCGAACGACUCCGGCGCGUACAUGUGUCAAGUUAAUACGGAUCCUAUGAGGAGCCAGACCGGUUACAUGAAAGUCGUGAUACCGCCAGACAUCAUGGAUCUGGAUGACACGGCGGAUCUUCUGACCACCAAGGAGAACGGCGAUCUGCGACUGCGGUGUCGAGCCACCGGCACCCCGGAACCGGUGGUGAUCUGGCGCCGGGAGGACGGCCGGAACAUCACUUUGAGGAAUGAGCACAUUGUCAAGCGAACGCGAUCGUACGAGGGCGAGCAGCUUCAUCUGAGGGGUGUUCAGCGGCAGGAGAUGGGAUCUUAUCUCUGCAUCGCAUCGAACGGAGUGCCGCCGUCGGUCAGCAAGAGAUAUUACGUCAAUGUCCGUUUCAAACCGCUGAUUAAAGUCUCAAACCAGUUAGUAGCGGCGCCCGUCGACAGUGACGUUCUUCUUCAGUGUUACGUGGAGUCCUCGCCGAAGGCUUUGAACACAUGGUACAGAAAUGGAGUCAAAUUGUUGGAGGACGAGAAGCAUGACAUAUCAGAAGUAACCAUCAAUGAUUACGCAUAUCAGCUAAAUCUCACUGUUAGAUGUCUGGACCGAUCCGAUUUCGGCACCUAUAUAUGUUCCGCUGAAAACGCUUUCGGCAAAGCGGAAGGGUCUAUAAGACUACAAGAGUUGCACAUACCCAGACCAACGAUAGCUUCCACGCGCAAUACGGACGUCGUCGAGAAGCAUACCUGGCGGAAGCAAACUGAUAUGAUGAAGAAAGGGAAGAAAUAUUCAUACGAUAAAUCGGAACUAAAUCUGCCGCCAAAGAACAUGAGUCACACCACGCCGAUGUCCAGGAGGAACGCGUCGAGCUCCUCGCCGAAUAUCGCGAACAAGUCGAGGAUCUCCGCGUUUCCGGCGUCAGCGCCCGCACACUCGGCGCCGACACAGCUGGGCACUCAGAACGGCGUUACCUCUUCACGUGAUUCUCGGUUGUGUCUCGUCGCGACUAUCUUGGUGAUCCUAAUUUACGACUAAAAUGGAGAACAAAGUAUUUAAUGAAGGAAUAAAUUGUUUUAUUUUGAAGCAGGUUGUGUCUUCGUCGUGAUUGCGAUGACUGAACCACGUAGGAUAAAAUCAUGUUUGAUUGAUAUUGAAAUUUUUGUUCUGUUUUGUUUUUUAUUCAGAUAUCACAGGAAUUUGAAUAGAAAUACGAGAUCCACAUCGAGAACGUCGAUAUUUUGCUGUAAAUAAUGAAACAUUUUUAUGACAAUAAAUGUAGCUACGUAUAUUCGAGAAGUAGACGAUCACACGCUGUUAAAAACGCUUGUAACUGCCACCAUUAUAUCCACGAUAUAUUUAAGAGGUAUGAUACAUUUAGUAUUUUCUGUAAUUAAUUUUCAGCUUACACGUUUUCUGGUAAUAGACGCUGUUCAAUAAUAUAAAUUACGAGUCAUUUUGAUCAGUUCCUGUAACAAUCGAUAAUCAUAGAUAUGCAUCUGUCGAAUAAAGAGGGGUUCAUAUUACAAAACCGACUGAAUUGAGGAUUUGUUGAUUUUUAGAAAUUGAUUGAAGUGGAUUCAUUCGCCUCUAGGGACAGCUGUAUUUAUCUCUUAAUGAGAGUUGUGACAUUCGUGUAUAUAUGUAUGACAAUAAAUGUUGUUUCUACUAUCAUCCGCAGGGAUUCUUUUCCGGGAUUUUUCUCGAUUCUUCAGGAUGUUCCGGCGUCUU